AUGAGUACAGCAAUUAACGAUGACGUUAUCGUGCCCGUUGCAGAUAUUGUAAAGGAAUUACAAAGCUUGAAAGAUGUUAAAACGGUGGACAUAACCGAUUUCCAGGUUAAGGGUUCAUUGGCCAAUAUAGUUCCUUAUUGCAAGUCCGUUUCGCACCUGAGGAUCGAAAUCAAUCCGAAUGAGAACAUCAAACAGUACGAAUCAUUUGGCAGAUUGUCCGAACUCAAGCAAUUCUAUAUUAUUGGACAGCAUGAGCCGGGAACUUUGCAGCCCUUUUUUUUGCAGGCAGCUAAAAGCAACAUUUCAAUCCUAACGUUGGAAGAUGCGGAGCUCAAUCCGGAUGAAGUGUCUUUAAUGACCUCGAUGAAGUCUUUGCAAGUACUGACGUGUGGUUUCAGCGAUCCCCAGUCAGUCGGCCUUCUGGCAAAAAUGGAUAAUCUUAAAGAUGUGAGUAUAACCACUCCGCUAAAUUUCGAUAUUGCUAUCCAAGUGGUAGCGAUUUUAAAGGAAACCAAACAAGAAAUGCGCAUCGAUUUGACCCACGAAGAGUCAGGACUUUGCCUUGAUUGGAAUCUCCAGCGCUUGAUAAUAUAUCUACCGCGUUACGAUCCCAUUGAUUUGAGCUGGUUUGCUUCUCUAUCGGAAAUUCCAGAAAUAAAAUACUUCACCAUUCAAGGGACCCACCAGAAUGGCUCACUUCUUGAGCUUCUACGUGGUUUUGGUGGCAAGGAGCCCAAAAAAUUGGAAGAGCUUGUGAUUUACAAUAAAAGUUGGUUGACCAGCGAAGAAACCGCUGCUCUGGCCUUUAUAAAAUCCUUGAAAUCGGUGGAAUGUGGAUUUCUUAGCUCGGUUAAUAUGGAAAAAAUCGCAAACCUUACGGAUUUGCAGGAAUUUUGCAUUUCAUCCAGGCCGAAAGAGGAAUCUUUAUGUAAACUUCUUAUGGCUCUGUCCUCCAUGGAAGAACAAACCCUGCAGUACUUUUACUCACCUGUGGGCACGUUGGGUUAUGACGAAACCGAAGAGCUGGCUAACAUAAAAUCUUUAAAAUACCUGAGUUGCAAAUUUAGUCAUGUGGAAGCCCUUGAGCAGUUGGAAAACAUGCCAAACUUGGAAUACGCCUUCUUUAGUGUAAGGCAAAAGGAAUACAAUGUCGUUCAGCAGGCAGGUCGCCUUCUAAAAUUUCUAAAAAGUUGCCAAAAGAAGGCGCAGAUCGAAUUUCGGGGAUGUGAUGUAACAUAUUCUAAGAGCGAAGGACUUCUCGUUGUGGAGUUUAAAGAAAAGAAAGCCGGCGGCAUUCUAUGUUCUCAGCUAGGACUGUUGGGUAAUAUCAGGAGUCUUCAGAUCAUCGAUAGGCCCAAAAUCGGUAAUUUAGAAAACCUGCUCAAAGGAGUACUUCAUUACAAUGAAGUGGAGAGCUUGGAAAUAGAUGAACUCCAAGAGGAGGAGAUACCAAUCGUGGCCCAAAUGGAUUCGCUUUCGAAACUAACAGUUGGCUUCUCCGAUCAGAGGAACAUAAAUCUGCUGGCACGUUUGCCGCAUCUCACAUAUCUUUGUGUCACCAAACAUCCGUCGGGAGAAUUGGAAGAUCUGCUAUGUGACUUGGCUUUGCGAAUGCCGCCCGUUGAACUCGACACCCUCAGCAUCCUGGGCAAUUAUUUAAGGUCUGAAGAGAUAGUACAACUGGCCAAAAUCAGUUCCCUGCGAAGCUUGAGAUGCGGUCUCUUCGAUCCCUACGAUAAUCGGGCUUUAACCGAGCUGGCCGAGAUCUCAAUGCUGGAGGAAUUGGAUAUCGUUUCAUAUAUUACGGGCUCUAUGGUAAAGCUAUUUAAGGCCCUAAGGCGAAUGAAACAAUUGCAUCGCCUGGUGGUAAGGGGCUGCCCUUUGAUAUCCAAGGAAGUCGUAGCCAUCAAAAAACUACGUUUCCUGAGGACUCUUCACUGCACUUUAGCCGAUGCCACUGACAUAGAAAUUCUAAGUCGCGCCCCAAAGCUAGAAGAGCUUCUUAUUUAUUCAAUUUAUGUAAUCACCUCUAAUUUUUUGGCUCCAUUAGCCAAAAAACAGCCACAAACGCUUAAAAAGCUGAUCAUUAAGUUCAGAUCACUGGGAGAAGGCGAACUCAACACCUUGGCUUGGUUGAAGAGUCUGGAGCACCUGAACUGUAUAGUUCACAGCGAGCUUAAUUUGCACAAUUUGGCUUUCCUUAAUUUAAAGGAGUUAACCUUGGAAUGCUGCAAAGAAAUUAGUAUUGAGAACUUUCUCAAAGAGUUGGUUGCUAGAAAAGAACACGUUCUCUGCUCCUUUGACCUGAGAAACCAGCUUUUAAUUUUCAGAUCAACUCAAUUGCUUGUGCAAAUAAAUUCGCUAAGGAAAUUGAAAAUUGGGUUUAAAGAUCAGGAAAGCUUCGAUCUUCUAACUCAACUAACUGAACUGGAAGUACUGGAAAUCAAAAAGAAGACUUACCAUGUCAAUCAAAUUCUUAGCAUCCUUACAUGUUGCCGAAAACUACGUGAGAUUAUUUUCGUUGAAAGUGACAUUCACAUAAACACUGAGUUUAUCGGUCAGUGUCUGGAUGUUUUAAAGUCUGUUCGAAAUCCCGAAGAACAUAAGCCAUUACAAAUGUAUUUGCACGAAAUGUGUUGUGUAUCCACAGAUCAGAAAUACAAUGUCGAUCAAUCUUAUUUGACCCUUAACUUGAUAAAGCGUCCUUUAUUCGAUGAGUACAAUGACGAAAUCGUAUAUCCUCGCAGCGUCAAUAGCAGUGAAUCUGAAGAAGAUUCCUCGGAAAGUUCUGAAGAAACUUCCUUUGAGAGUACCUAGGACAAAAAUUCGACAAACAAUCUUUCUAAGGAUUGAUUACUUUUAUAUAAUACAUUGUCAUAUAUUUAAUAAUGAAUAAAAUAUGUUUUUAAUUCAUGUGUAAC